AUGACGCAACACGAUGGCCAUCUGCCCCUCUCGAUCAAGGCAGUGCUUGAAGGCAGCCUGAUCCCAACACGCAACGUCCUCUUUACUGUAGAGAACACGGACACUGCAGUACCGUGGCUCACCGGAUGGUUUCAGACCCUACUGAUGCAGACAUGGUACCCGACUACGGUGGCGACUCACGCAUGGCACUACAAGGAGCUACUGGCGAGGUACCUACACGAAACAUGCGGCUCCACAGCUUCUAUACCGUACCAGCUCCAUGAUUUCGGCUGCGGCGGUGCUUCUUCUGCCGAAUCGGCUGCCAUUGGAGGCGCGGCACACUUGGUGAACUUUCUGAGCAGCGACAACAUAGCCGGGAUUCGCCUCGUCAGCCAAUACUACGGCUUCCCAAUGGCGGGGUACUCUUAUCCUUCCACAGAGCACAGGUGAGUAACUGCACAGUGGA